AUGGUAAAGCUGUUUUUUAUUACCAAACUGCUUUUUAAAAAGUAAAAUGUUUCACGUCAAGCCUUAAGGUGGACUCCUAUACUUCUCUAGCAUAAGCUAUAAAAUGAUUCCCUCUAGGGUUAUUUGUUUUCUCUAUUUGGAUAUCCUAAUUAUUACAAAUUAAAUUAAUAAUACCGCGAUAAAAUGUUAUAUUAGAAGUUUUAUCGCUUACCUGUUCAAGAAAAUAACUAAGGACUCUAAGGAUUGACAAAUGAGUCUUUAUAUACUCCUCAAACUGGUAAAUAAGGAGACUUCGAAAAAAUUAAGACAAACUAAUUUGUGCAUGCUGUUUAAAUUGUUUAAAAUCCUAUGUAAAUGGAUGACUUUAGCUUGAACGAUGUUGAAUCAGUUAUCAGUGACUAUGAAUACGACUAAGAAUUUAACAAUUCACAAUUUUCUGAAAGCUUAGUCUUAAGUUGGAAUGACAGCACUGCCUUUGGAACUGGAAGUUCAGCUAAUUCAAACAGUUCAAGUGCCUAGUUUGCUUUUUGA